GGAGCGGCGAAACCGCAGGCAGCAGAGGGGAGAAGGGAAAAGAGAGGCAUCUGAACUAAACUCCUGGAAUAAGUCAUCAGAAUGUCCGGACGGUCAGUACGAGCGGAAACACGAAGCCGUGCAAAAGAUGAUAUCAAGAAAGUCAUGGCGGCCAUCGAAAGGGUCCGCAGAUGGGAGAAAAAGUGGGUAACUGUGGGGGACACGUCCUUACGGAUCUUUAAGUGGGUUCCUGUAUCAGAGACAAAACAGAUAUUUAAAGCUAAAGGCCCAGGAGGGGCAUCAAGGGAACGGAAGGGAUUUCCUACAGAUGUGGUGCUGGAAAAUGCUCGCUCAGUCUUAUUGGAUUUCCAAGACGACAAUAGCAAUCAGAGUUUCUUGUCGGAUGCCUAUCAGUCGAAUAACAAAGUGGACAGCAGCAGUAACUCCAGUCCACAGCAUGCCAGUGGGGCAGUGAGCCCCACUCACACGCCCUACUUCCGCACAGAAGACUCGCAGCCACCAACCCUGGGACAGGAGACCAUGGAGGAACCAUCAAUGACCAACAGUGAAGUCACUGAUGAACCACCAACUCUGAUAAAAGAGGAUUUGCUCCCUUUGUCUGCUCAGGAGGAUGAAGAAGUAGCAGUUGCUCCACCGUUGAAAAGAGUUUGCACAGAAUGAAGGA